UGUUACCACAACACUUUAAUGCAGCAUGCGUCACAUGUUGAGGGAAAAGAUAGCUACGUUUUACUGACUCGUAUCUUCAUAGAUUAGAAAUUUGUCAGAGUCACUUUAUUUAGAACAAUUUAUUUGAAAAACAGUACAGGGUGAGGAAAAACAGUAAAAGCAAAACAAACUGUCCGGGCACCGAAAACCAUAGAAAGUGAACAGCUGUGAUAACUGCAUCACACAGCUCCGAUCGAAAUAAACAAACGUUCUCUGAUCUGAUCGGAUCCGAUGGAGACGCUUUUGAGUUGUAAACCAGAGGACUUGGAGGAUUAUUACGGGUUAUUAGGAUGUGACGAACUGUCAUCGAUUGAGCAGAUCAUCAAUGAAUACAAGAUCAAAGCUUUAGCGUGUCACCCAGACAAACACCUGGAUAACCCGACAGCAGUUUCUGAUGUUUUCUUUGUGGCAGUGGCAGAUUUCCAAAAGCUGCAGGAAGCCAAAGAGGUGUUAUGCAAUGAAGACAAAAGGAAAAACUACGACCUUUGGAAACGAAGCGGUGUUACGAUUCCGUUUCAUGAUUGGCAGGCUUUGAACGAUUCAGUAAAAACCUCCAUGCACUGGGCCAUGACAACCAAGAAGGAGCCGAUGUUGGAGGCCUCCGAAUCAGAUGCUGAUGUCGCUUCUCAAGCCGAGGCCUGUUGCUGUGAGAAGGAAGUGUCAGACAUCACUUCAUGUGAAGCUGCACCAUCUGCAAAUGAUUACUUCCAUCAGCGUUUCCGCUGGGCUGCCGACUCUCCAUCCCGCCUGCUGCAGAAGUUCAGAAAUUACGAAAUAUGAAUUUGUCAGAAGUAUUCUGAUUGUUUUGCCGAUGUUUUUUUAAUUGUGUUGCUUCACUUUACAACUUCAUUAUGAGCUGGUGUAUGCUUAUGUGUCUGUUGCAAGAUUAGGGUAAAAUGCUCUAAUCUGUGUGCUGAUGGAAAUGAUAAUCUGCCAUGUUCCUUCUGAUGAUGAUGUCAUGUAAAAUGUUGAAUCCACUGUGGCUUAAGCUUAGGUUUCAAACAGAAACUGGUAAAAUCAAAAAGUUUCAUCUCACUUGUUUUAGUUAUCUUUAUGGAAACACAUUAUUGUAUUUGUGGUUUAUUUGAAGUCAUUGUAUCACUUGGUUGAACUGCAUAAUUAAAGAGCAAGUCACUCCAAAUCAACAUUUUUUUGCAGAUAAACUAUAUAAAUGAGUAGCUGAUCGUGCUGUAGACAAAUGUAGUCAAUAAUUCGGCACUUUAGUGCAUCUUAGUUACAAUGUAAAUUUUCUGCCUAAAACUGUCAGCGAUGCACCGUCGUCAGGCAAAAACUCAGCACUGCGUUUGAAUUUAAAUCUGCCAUCCUAUUGGCUAAGAGGUACACUAUGAUGUUAGAUGGUACAUUAUGAUGUCGCAAUGUCGUGAGUGUGUGUAUUUGUUAGUGGCUCCGCCCUCUCGGUCUGCCAGGCAACAGCAUUUGUUGCAUUUUUCAAACAGGAAGUGGGAGGUGAGUAAGAAUCUGGUCCAAGUUGCCCCCUACCAGAGUCUAACUCCACUCCCACUUCAUGUUUGAAAAAUGCAACAAAUGCUGUUGCCUGGCAGACCGAGAGGGCGGAGCCGCUAACAAAUGCACACACACAGGCUCACAACAACACUGUGACAUCAUAAUGUACCAGCUAACAUCAUAGUGUACCUUUUAGCCAAUAGCGAUGGCAGAUUUAAAUUCCAACGUAGUGCAGAGUUUUUACCUGACAACGGCGCAACACUGACAGUUUUAGGCAGAAUAUGUAAAUUUUAACUAAGAUGCACUAAAGUGCCAAAUUAUUGAUGACUUGUCUACAGCAUGACUAGAUGCUCAUUUAUAUAGUUUAUCUGCACAAAAAGUAGAUUUGGGGGUGGCAUGCUCUUUAAAGACAUCAUGACUGGUGAAAAUGAAGAAUUAGUAUACUAUUUGAAAAAAAUCUUUAGUUUUUUAGGAGAAACUGCAGCUCAUGCUUUGUAUGUAUGUGGUUAAUGUUUCGCAUUUGGUGUAAAAGUAUCACUAACUUUCAGAAAAAUAAUUCCAAGUCAAGCAUGGUAGUGGUAGUGCGAUGGUCUGCGUCUGCUCUGCUUCUUCAGGACCUGGACAUCUUGCUGUAUUUGAUGGAACCAUCGAUGCUGCCCUUUAGCAGAAAUCCUAAUGGAAAAUAUGUGACAUUUGACCUUAAACCAGCCUUUGAUCUUUGGAAAGCCCUCCACUGUGGAUGAAAUAAAACAGUUGUGUAAAGAAAAGUUGGACAAGACUCUGCAGUGAAGAGAGACUCAUUACUAAUCAUCAGCAACACAUGAUUUAAGUUGUUUGAGUGUUAAGAGUGUUACGUUUGGGUAUUAAAAUCUCAUUAACAUUGUGCCAGGUGGGUUUGUGUAGAUUUUAUCUGAAUUAAUAAUAACUAAAUAAAUAAAUACUAAUUAGAAAACUACAUUUUUUA